AUGGAAUUCAUAGUAGUAGUGAUAUUAUCUUUUCUGUUAUGUAUUUGCAACGGUAAUGUGUUUGGUUCUAGAACACAAAGUUCUGUAGAGGCGGAGAAAAAGGAGACGAGAAGCAUCCAAUAUAACAUUAAUGUGAUGAAAGACGAUAUUCAUGAGCUACUUAAACGUGUGAUUAAAAACGAAAACGAAAUUUCUUCACUUAAAAAAGAAAAUCAGUAUCUGACCAAUAAACUUGAGAACGAACGGCGUCAAUUUUCAUGUGAUAUAAAAGUGUUACAUGAAAACACUAAUGAACAUCAACGAGAAUUAAAUAAUACUUACACGGAGAUUAAUCACCUUAACGAAACUAUAGAAAAUCUAAGGUGCAAAGUCGAUAAGUUAGAAGAGUUACAAGGACGAGUGACCGAGGAAAACAUUACAGAUUGUAUUGACAAAACAGAACAAAUACAAACUACAGAUAUUGGGUACACACUGCGGGGUUGUCAAGCAUGGAAACAUAAUGGUAGCCUGACCGAUGGGGUGUAUAGUAUUGGUCCUAAUAAUUCAACGGUACUAGAUGUAUACUGUGAUAUGACGACAGACGGAGGAGGAUGGGUCGUGUUUCAGAGGCGAUCUAAUGGCAGCGAACAUUUCUUCAGGGGCUGGAAGAAGUAUGAAAAGGGUUUCGGAGACAUCAAUGGAGAAUUUUGGAUAGGGAAUAAAUACCUACAUAUCUUAACAGAGGUCCCUACAGAGUUAUACAUUGACCAAAAGGCUUGGGAUGGUCAGGAGGCAUAUGCAAAGUACUCCACAUUCGUCAUCGGUGAUGCUGAAUCAAAGUAUACGCUAUCUGUUGAUGGAUUCGGUGGAAAUGCUGGUGAUGGUUUAGAUUAUCAUGAUGGAAUCAAGUUCAGUACAUUUGAUCAGGAUAAUACACCAACAGUCAGCACAUGCGCUGCCAGAAACAAGGGAGCAUGGUGGUAUAAAGCAUGUAGUCACUCCUCGUUAAAUGGAGAAUACCUAAAAACCAAUGGUGCAGCUGAUACAAAUAUGGGAAUCAACUGGCAAAAAUUCAAAGGGGACGAGUACUCAUUAAAAGCAACCUCCAUGAUGCUGCGUAGAAAGACAUAA